ACCUAAACUAUCCCCCUUUGUGAGCUCAAGAGAGAAUCAGAGAAAGCGAAGUUGAAUCAACGAAACGAAGACAUCCACUCUAAGAAAGGCAAGGGAUUUGAAAAUGUCAAUUGCAUCCACGUCUACUACUUCUUCUUCUCUGGCUGAUCCAGCUUUCAAAAUAUAUAGACGCUACAAAUACAAGUGUGAAGGCGAUUGCGAUUGGGGUGAUGAGGAAGACAUAUUUCGAAACAAAAUUAUGUAUUUGGGGAAUGUUGAUGAAUCAUCACCGCCACCACCACCUUUCGUGGUUCUCGUUCAAGGACCUCCCAAUGUUGGGAAGUCCCUGCUGAUUAAAUCUCUAGUCAAAUAUUUUGAUCCCAUGAAAGAUAUCACCAAUGGCCCCAACAUCAUCAUAACAGCUGACAAAAAAAGAAGGCUACAGUUAGUGGAAUGCCUGGAUGAUAUUGAUGCUAUGAUCGAUGCUGCAAAGUAUGCUGAUCUGGUACUGUUACUGGUGGAUGCAAAUUAUGGGUUUGAAGCGGAAACAUUCGAGUUUCUUAACCUUUUACAAGCCCACGGCCUUCCAAAGGUUAUGGGUGUUCUUACACAUCUCGACCAGUUGAAAGAUUAUACGAAACUCAAUGAAACCGAAGAGCGUCUGCAGGAUCUUUUCCGGACUGAAAUAUAUCAAGGAGCAAUAACAUACAAUAUAUCUGGUCUUCAGGAUGACUUGUACAAUAUGCAGGAUGUACAGGUACUGGCAGAACAGAUAUUGACGCUCCAACUCCAUCUCUCAUCACGGCGAGCUGCACAUCCUUUUGUGCUGGUAGACUGUUUUGAAGAUGUUACACCUCCAGAAAAAGUGCUCAGGGAGGCAAAUUGCGGUAGAAACAUAAGCCUGUAUGGUUACCUCCGAGGUUGUGAUAUCAAGAGCGGCGCUAAGGUGCAUAUUGCUGGUCUUGAUGAUUUUCAUUUGGCUGGUGUUAGAAGCACAAUUGAUCCUUUUCCUUUAUCAGAGGAAAAUAAUUUUGUUAUGCUAACCCCCAUGGAGAAUGAGACUUUCAGAACAGGGACCUAUCUAAGGUUGGAGGUUCAUGACGUUCCCUUCAGGAUGGUUGCAAAUUUUUAUUCUUGUCAUCCAAUUCUUGUUGGAGGUAUCAGUCCUGAGGACAAAGAUGUUGGUUAUAUGCAGGCGAUGCUUAAGCGGCAUAACUGGCAUAUGAAACUGUUGAUGUCAGCAGAGCCAGUCACCAUGUCAGCUGGUUGGAGACGUUACGGGACAAAACCUAUUUAUGCCAGGCAAAUCGACAAUGCACGGCAUCAGAUUCACGACUUCAUUCCCGAACGUGAGCACUGUCUUGCGAUGUUUUGGGGCCCUCUUGCACCUGCCCAUACUAGAAUUACUGUUGUGCAUAAAACUAAGGAAGUGUUUCGGAUAGCAGCAAAGGCAGUCGUUCUUGACCCUAAGCAUCACUUUAAGAUUAUGAAGGACAGCAAGCGGGAAGGAAAACCUGAAAAAAUCCUUAACGACAGGAGGACUGCUCUUAUCAAGUUUGAACGAGAAGAUAUUGAAGAUGUUGCUGCAUUUAAAGGUGCAUCUAUUCGGACUGACAGUGGAAUUUGGGGGAAGGUCAUUAAGGCGAAAAAAAGAAAGGGGGUUGCUAAAUGCGAAUUUGAGAAGACUAUUCGUGAGAGUGAUAUUUUUAUCAUGCCUGUGUUGUGCGAAGCUGUGGCUCCUCGCUUGUUCAACAGGAUUGUUCCUGCUAACAAGGGUUCACUCAAAAAAAAAGACCCUGCUCAAAGGCGGCUUGAACUUGAACAACGACGUCGUGUGGAGAUCACUGAUGAUGAGCCUUACUCCUAUCCAUUUUCAACUACUUUUACGUUGACUCUUAACAUUGAGUAUUUGUGUAACAAAGGAAAGAAAACUGUGGUGGUCAUGUCGGAGGAAAAGCGAAAAGAAUUGGUCAAAAAGCAACAGGAUGAGGAGGAGUCCAAGAAACUAAGUCUGUUUCUUGCUGAAGAUGAUAUGUGGGAUUACAGUUAAUCUUUUGAAUGGUCUCAAGUUCAAGAAAAAAACAUUUUAACAAAUACCGUAUUUUACUGUAAGCAAAAAAUCUGUAAAUGUUAGGGAGGUACAAGCAUAGAUGUCCAGUAAGUUGAUGUUAUUUUGCUAAUAAUUUAUUAGAAACUUUGGGCGGCUUAUCUUAUGAAGUUUCCUCCAGUCGAAUCAGCUUUUUUUUGCAGCA